AAUAUGUUAUCUUUUUAUAUAUAUAUGUUCUUUUUAAUACGUUAUCUUUUAUGUUCCAUCUUUAUACUAUCUUUUUAUAUUAUCUUUUAUAUUAUCUUUUUAUAUUGUCUUUGUAUUAUCUUUUCGUAUUAUCUUUGUAUUAUCUUUUUUAUAUUAUUUUAUGUCCUUUAAUCUUUCUGACAUUAUUUUAUAUGUUCUUUUAAUCCGCUUUAUGUGUUUUGCUUAUAAUCCAUCUUUUGUGGCUUAUAAUUAUCCCUUCUAAUUGUUCCUAUUGUUAAAGAUUGCUAAGCCGCAAUUGAUCGACUCUAAUCAUUCU